AUGGACGUUACGCUCAUCCGAUCUUCCGACGCCGGCCACCAGCCACCUCCCCAUGGUGCUCUGCUCUGCUUCUGGAUGUUUUACUCAGGUUGGAGUGGGAUUUCUCCGGCAUCCGCAUUCACCGUCGCAGCUAGGCCUUGUUGGCGCAACCUUACAGGAUCCGUCCUCCCCUGUGGAUAA